GGAGGACCCAUCCCCUCCUCUCCAACAGCAACAGCAGCAGCAGGGCUCUUGAACUUUUCCGCCUUUCUCUGUGUUGCUGAUUAUUCCAUCUCACUAUUGUUCCAGGACAAACGCUGUUGUACACCCCACACAGAGGCGGAAAGGUCUGCGGAGUGGCAAGCAGGUGUUGUGGGAAGAGAGGAGGUCCACUGCCGAGCUCCUUGUCCCUUUGGAAAGCUUGGCUGCUCCUGUCCCUUUAAGAACACUCCAGCUGUUCCCUGACCAGGCAGAGAGAAGCAGCAUCGAGGAAAGAGGCAGGCAGAAAGCGAGAGCGAGCUGGAAGGAGAACGCAGCCAGUGCACGCUCUCGGGAAACCUCUGGCCUCUUCCUCCUCCAUCAGCCGGGAGACAUUCUCCAAAGAUGGACCGUGGUUGCCCUGGAGGUUAAACUUUUGCUGACUUCACAGCAGGGAGAAGGCAUCCCACCUCUGUCGUGCAAUUUCGAGCCAUCUCCCUUUCUGCGAGAAGUUUGCAAAGGGGAGACGAGAAGGGACCCAUUUGCCGGACUUGAUCUUGAAGUUAGCAAGGGAUGAAGAGCAGGAGAAGCCCGGCGGCCGGUCCUUCUUGAGCCAGCUUGGCCAGAUCAAAGGGUCUCCAUCCGCCGGCAGCAAUGCUUUUGCCACAUCAGGACCAAGGCUGGAGCCCCAAAACCGCCGGGGAAUCUUUUGGCAUUUGGGAUUGAAAGAGCAAGGGUUGCAAACUGCCCUGUCCACCAGCCCAAGCUUUCGAAACACUGGAAGACUGACCCUGGGAUAUAAUCCACCAUGAAGGGGAUCUUCUAUCUUCUGACCCUGAUCCUGACAGAAGGAAUGACGGACGUGGUAAAGUCGGCCCGGGACUGUCUCCAGGCCGGGGAAUCCUGCACCAACGAUCCCAGCUGCAGCUCUAAGUUUCGGACCCUCCGGCAAUGCAUCGCUGGCAACGGGGCCAACAAGCUGGGCCCAGAUGCCAAGAGCCAGUGCCGGAACACCGUCACGGCCCUCCUUUCCAGCCAACUGUACGGUUGCAAGUGCAAGCGGGGCAUGAAGAAGGAGAAGCACUGCCUCAGCGUCUAUUGGAGCAUCCACCACACCUUGAUGGAAGGUCAGUCCAAUGGGUUGCACACCGUGGAGGGCAUGAAUGUCAUGGAGAGCUCCCCAUACGAACCCUUUGUGCGGGGCUUCGACUACGUCCGGUUAGCUUCCAUCACUGCAGGCUCCGAGAACGAGGUGACGCAAGUCAACCGCUGCUUGGACGCGGCCAAGGCCUGCAACGUGGACGAGAUGUGCCAGCGCCUCCGGACAGAGUACGUCUCCUCCUGCAUCCGGAGGGCGGCCAGGGUGGACACCUGCAACCGCUCCAAGUGCCACAAGGCCUUGCGGAAGUUCUUUGACCGCGUGCCCCCCGAAUACACCCACGAGCUGCUCUUCUGCCCCUGCGAGGACACGGCCUGUGCGGAGCGGCGCCGGCAGACCAUCGUCCCCACCUGCUCCUACGAGGCCAAGGAGAAGCCCAACUGCCUGGCCCCGCUGGACGCCUGCAAAGGGAACUACGUCUGCAGAUCCCGUUAUGCUGAGUUGCAGUAUAAUUGCCAACCGUCCACACAGUCAGCCACAGGAUGCCAGAGAGAAAACUACGCAGCGUGUUUGUUAGCCUAUACUGGGAUCAUAGGUAGUCCCAUCACCCCAAAUUACAUUGACAACUCGACCUCGAACAUAGCCCCGUGGUGCACUUGCAAUGCCAGUGGCAACAGGCAAGAGGAGUGCGAGACCUUCCUGCACCUUUUCACCACCAACGUCUGUCUCCAAAAUGCCAUCCAAGCCUUUGGCAACGGGACAUACCUGAGCGCAGCCCUGGGUCCCUCCACCCCUCCCACAACGCAGAUGCGCAAACAAGAGAGGAAUGCCAACAAAGCAGCGGCCACCCUCAGAGAGAACAUCUUCGAGCAGAUACAGCCCACCAAGAUACCUGUGGAGGAGAAAGUCUUGCAAGACGCCACUCACUUAGCAUCCGGUGCCUCCCUCCGAGUCCUGGUGCUGGCCGCCCGUGGCUGCUGGGUCCUGUGGUCCUUUGCCUCUGCCAGCACAUCCCUCCUGGUGUCCAUGUGAACUGGAGCGAGCCCACACUCGAGAGCUGAGACUGAACUGCUCUUUGUUGUGUAUCAUUUUUCAACGUGGAGAGCCAGGGCCUCCCUCUCCCUCCUCAUCAACUUAAGAAGCAAAGAAACUCAUCAUCUCAUCCAGUUGUUUGUUGGCGCCUUUUCUGGUGAGCAAAUGCUGCCCUCAUCCGGGGAGGUGCUGGAGAUCCGAACCUUCACAAGAAACCUCACGAUCCGUCAUUGGACCCCUGCAAAGGUCAUGGUUUGGGACUAAAUUCAUGUUACUUUUUCUUUUUAAUGUUGGCAGGUCAGCAAACAUUGCCAACUUUGGUGUGAUAAAGCAGCUGUUUCCCUCUUGGAGUCUGUUCUUAUGUGCCUUCAAGUCAACUCCGACUUAUGGCGAACCUAUUAUGGGGUUUACUUUGCAAGGCUGCUUCAGAAGAAAUGUGCCACUGCUUUCCUCUGAGGACAAGAGAGUGUGCUUUGCCCUUGGUCACAAGUGGGAUUCCUUGGCUGAGCAAGGAUUUGAACCCUGGUCCCUUGAAGAAGUUCUAGCCCAACAUUCAAUGCUGGAUCUUAAUCGCUUGGAGGACAUUCUAUGAAAAGGUUGGAGUAGACACUUACUAACAACCUGUAUCUCCACACAUUGCAUCGGUAGCUGGACUGCUUCCUCAUGCCAAUAUGGUCAACUCCUGCUAACAGUUUCGCCCAAUCCCGUCAUUAUUUUUAAAGGGUUGAAUGGUGAUGCUUUGAGACUGAAACUCAGACCUAAAUGCUUGGAUGUUCUACACGGCCCAAUCACGAAGAUCCAUGCUACUCAACUAUGACUUCAUGAGAUGUUGAAGCAAUGGAUUAUCUGUUGAGGAAUGGGUUUGCUUGGAGAAUAUACGCUUGUUUGUAAAAGGAAUCUCUAGGACCAGGGGGACUGAGUUGCUGACACUAAAGAGGAGAAACAACACAUCACCCUUUCUCAUGAGCAAGUCGUGGACUCGGUUCCAACGGAGCAUGUUCUAGGACAAAACUCCCAUCUUAACUGGUAAUAUACAAAGGGGCAAAUCAUACGUGUGUCUGGAGUCCUACCAUGUCAUUGAUGGGCAUCUUCAGGUUGUGUGGUCCUCCUCCAAACUUGUGUUGCUGAACCGGUCACCCCAAGGGAUGUUCAGAGAAGGUUUAGCUCACCACACAGUGCUUGUGAUGUUGUGUGCCUUCAAGUCGCUUCUGACUUAUGGCAACCCUAAAGGGUUUUCUGGGGACUAGAAGGUGUGACUUGCCCAAUUCAUUGGGUUUCCAGGGUUGAGCAGGGAAUCCAAUCCUGGACUUCAGAGUUGUACCCAAUGCUCAAACCACUAUACCACAUGGUCUCUCAUACCACAGUGCCCCUUGCCAUAAUUUGGUCCAGAAAAAGAAGCUGCAGAAUCAAUCUCAGACAUUAUUGAUCUUCAGAAUUUGGAGGUCCAAACACCAGCAUCUGCAAGGUUUUGAGGUCAAUUUCACCCUUGGGUCCAUGGUUUGCACACGUGACCACCACCACUCUGCUGAACCUCUGAAGCAUCUUAUUUGAGAAGUUUGGAGGUUGAGCUGGGUUUGGGUGAUCACAGUAGCUCUAUCUGUGCUGAGGUUCAUUCCAGUUGUGGUUGAUCCAAAGGUGAAAGUCAACACCUGACACCACAAACAAGAAAAUGUGAACUAAAUAGAUGGUCCUGCUAAUGCAAUGAUGGGGAAAUGGUGGACCAUGGUUAGUCUCCCAGCAGUCUCACAAAACUCCUCAAUCAUUCCAAAUUUUAAAUGUAUAAAUUUUCAGGCAAUAUUUGCCCCAACUCCAUACAAAAAUCCCCCCAAAUGCAUUAGAUCAUAUAAACAUAUUUCCCAAAUACACACAUACAAAUAAUCCAGAACCCUGUACUGCCUCCUAAUAUCUCUGCUCUCUUCUGAUAAAAAAUGUGGAUUAUAAGUGACACAGCAUCACAUCCUAUUGCCAUUUUGAGAAGGACUGCAAAAAUGUAGGAACUGGGGAUUACUGUGGAUAGGCACCAUUCGUCAAAGGUCUUGGGUGGAAAAGUGGCCACCCAUGGACCAAUGAUGGGCCUGGGCCUGUUGCAUUUAGGUUCUAAGUAGAGUUUGGAAUAGUUCCUGUUUUGGACUGUGGAUCCCAAAUCUUCUGUUCUAAAGGGUUAUAGUUAUAUUAUUUCUGCUGCCAUUCAGUACAAGGCCAAGUGUUAUGGGGAUGCAAGGGGUGCUCUUUGGAGAUACAGUAUGAACCUCUAAUCCAUUGAUUUGUUUUCCACUUUUGCAUUUAUCCACACUCAAAACAUAUUUUCCCCUUGAAAGUAUUUGUGGGCCUAUUUAGGUCCUUCAGAGCCAUUCUAUGGUAUUCUUCCCGCCCAAGUAUGGUCAAAAUAUAGGGUUCCUUCUUAUCCAUGGUUCCAGGUACCUAUUGGCAGUCUUGACAUCUAUGGUCUAUGGAUAUGGGAGUUGUACCGUGCAUUGCUCAGUAUGUGUGCUGCUUCCCUUAUGGCCUCAGAAGGCCCAUAUGGGCCCAAAUUGUUAAUCCAAGUUGGAGUAGAGUCAUUGAUUCAACUGGAUUUCCUUCUAGAUUGACUCCCCAUUCAGCAGUUGAUUCUAUUGGUCUUCAUGAGUUGGGACUAACCAUCAGGAAUGCAUCCAUGGUUGACUCAGGUCGGUGACACUACAGUAGGCCCUCCAUAUUUGUUGGGGUUAGAGGUGCAGGACCCCCAAGAAAGCGGAGAAACAAUGAGAAAACACUUAUCUCUGUAUCUCUAGAUUCUCCACCUUGACCCAAUGGUCAACUUCCACCAAAAGCUGACCAUUGAGUCACCCCAAGAAAGUGGAGAAACAACGAGAAAACACUUAUCUCUGUAUCUCUAAAUCCUCCACCUUGACCCAAUGGUCAACUUCCACCAAAAGCUGACCAUUGAGUCACCCCAAGAAAAUGGAGAAACAAUGAGAAAAUGCUUAUUUCUGUAUCUCUAGAUCCUCCACCUUGACCCAAUGGUCACCUUCCACCAAAAGCUGAGCAUUGAGUCACCAUAUUUGUUGGGGUUAGAGAUGCAGGACCCCCAAGAAAGCAGAGAAACAACGAGAAAACACUUAUCUCUGUAUCUCUAGAUCCUCUAGGUUCUAAGUAGACUUCCCAUUCAGUGGUUGAUUCCAUUGGUCUUCAUGAGUUAGGACUAACCAUCAGGAAUGCAUCCAUGGUUGACUCGGGUUGGUGACACUACAGUAGGUCCACCAUAUUUGUUGGGGUUAGAGGUGCAGGACCCCCAAGAAAGUGGAGAAACAAUGAGAAAACACUUAUCUCUGUAUCUCUAGAUUCUCCACCUUGACCCAAUGGUCAACUUCCACCAAAAGCUGACCAUUGAGUCACCACAGGAGACCUAAAGAUUUUGAGAGCGGAUCUAUGCUCUAUGGAUAUGGGAUUUGUACUCUUCAUUACUCAGUAUGUGUGCUGCUUCCCUUAUGGCCUCAGAAGGCCCAUAUGGGCCCAAAUUGUUAAUCCAAGUUGGAGUAGAGUCAUUGAUUCAACUGGAUUUCCUUCUAGGUUGACUCCCUAUUCAGCGGUUGAUUCCAUUGUUCUUCAUGAGUUGGAACUAACCAUCAGGAAUGCAUCCAUGGUUGACUCAGGUUGGUGACACUAUAGUAAGUCCAUCAUAUUUAUUGGGGUUAUUGGUUCAGGACCCCCAAAAAAGCAGAGAAACAACGAGAAAACACUUGUCUCUGUAUCUCUAGAUCCUCUAGGUUCUAAGUAGACUUCCCAUUCAGUGGUUGAUUCCAUUGGUCUUCAUGAGUUAGGACUAAUAAUCAGGAAUGCAUCCAUGGUUGACUCGGGUUGGUGACACUACAGUAGGUCCACCAUAUUUGUUGGGGUUGGAGGUGCGGGACCCCCAAGAAAGCAGAGAAACAACGACAAAACACUUGUAUCUCUAGAUCCUCCACCUUGACCCAAUGGUCAACUUCUACCAAAAGCUGACCAUUGAGUCACCAUAUUUGUUGGGGUUAGAGGUGCAGGACCCCCAAAAAAGCAGAGAAACACUUAUCCAGAAAACAGUUAUCUCUGUAUCUCUAGAUCCUCCACCUUGACCCAAUGGUUAACCUCUACCCAAAGCUGAUCAUUGAGUCACCAUAGAGGACCUAAAGAUUUUGAGAGAGGAUAUAUCAGUCAAUCAAAUCUGUACAAUAAUCAUAUCUGUAAAGACAAAACCCGCAAAUGUGGAGAGCUGAUUGUGGAGAAUUAAUUCUGGUGAUUCGACACAAGUUGAAGGGCCGGGAUGGCGAAGCAACACCUUUCGUAUCAGAGCAGAAAGUGAGAAACGGAGCUCGCCGAUUCUGAACCAGUGUUUUCAAUCAAUCCAUUUCAAUGUGUCAAACGUUCAAGCGAUGUGUCAGACAUUUUUCCCAGCUUGAAAGAUUCAGGAAACCAAAGACGGCAUCUUGGUGUUUUUUUUAAAAAACCUGACCGCCAACCUAGUCGUGUGCAAAGCCGAGCUGAAAGGAGAGGGAGGUGUGAAAAUACGACGAGGCGUUCUCACAUUGAAAUGGAUUCUGGUUUCUGGUUCUAUUCUGGGAAUGUUUCAUGCUGCUAGAAUUUUCAAACACUAAUAUAUAUAUAUAUAUAUAUAUAUAUAUAUAUAUAUAUAUAUAUAUGUGGGAGGAGACGUUCAUUUCCUUUGUUGGGUGGCAUUAUCAAGAAAGAAAAAUGUAUGUGUGUGUUUUAAAUCAAUCACAGGCCUGCCUCUUGAAUGAGCAAUUCUAUUUGCAUGCCAUAGAUUGGAUUUGCGAGUUAUUCUUCAGGAAUCCAAUGGGAGCCAAACUACAUCUUAUCUAAUGACGUUCCUUCCCUGGUUCUCACUAUAAACACACACAUAUACACACAUGCAAAUAAACACACACAGAGAAAACAAAUCUUCGAAAUAAUGAAACAGACCUACUGGGGUUUGCCAGAAAGUUACUGAAUCCCGGCUUCUGUCAUCUUUUCUUGUCCUUGAGCAUCGCAGACAUCUUUGCCAAUCUGUUUCCCAAAUUCAGCUCUGCUAUCAGGCGCAAAAUAAGUUAAUUCAAACCAAAAUCCAGUUGACAUUUACAGAUGGGGCUCAUAUUAUUAUCAAGUUGGAAGAGACCCCAAAGGCCAUCCAAUCCAACCCAAUUGUGCCACGAAGUAGCACACAAUCCAAGCACACUUGACAGAUGGUCAACCAGACCCCAAGAAGCAUAUUCCUGUCCUGAACAGCUUUUAACACCAAGAUAUUGUUCCUAAUGUUUAGGUGGAAUCUCUUUUCCUGGAGUUGGAACCCAUGGAUCCAUUGUGUCCAUGCAAUAUAACAUUCUUUUGGAUAUUUUAUUCAUUAUUAAUUUACAGUCUUUAUAUUCCUCCCUUCUUUCUCACCCCGAAGGGGACUCAGGGCAGAUCACAUUACACAUAUAAGGCAAACAUUCAAUGCCUUUAACAUAGAACAAAGACAAGACAAACAUAGGCUCCUCCGAGCGGGGCUCGAACUCAUGACCUCCUGGUCAGAGUGAUUCAUUGCAGCUGGCUGCAGCUGGUUGCAUGAAACAUUGCUUUCAUGUCCCCUCUCAUCCUUCUCUUCUCUAAGUUAAACAUAUUCAGAUCCCUAAACCACUCCUCAUAAGGCUUGUUUUCCAAUCACUCUACUUCGAUGUGUUGUCGAAGGCUGGACUAACUGGUUUGCUGUGAGUUUUUUUGGGCUGUAUAGCCAUGUUCUUGUAGCAUUCUCUCCUGUUGCUUCUCUGGCAUCUGCAACUAAUGGCAUCUUCAGAGGUUCUGUUGAAAAUGAAAAUUAUUUAUUAUUUAUUUACAGUAUUUAUAUUCUGCCCUUCUCACCCCAAAGGGGACUCGGGCGGAUCACAUUGUACACAUAUAAGGCAAACAUUCAAUGCCAUAUAAACAUAGAACAGAGACAGAGACAGACACAGAGGCAAUUUAAACCUUCUCCAGCUUCCAGCUUCCUGAGGGUAUGCUUGAUUCUGGCCACAGGGGGAGCAGCUGCUUCAUCCUCCACUGCGACGGCACUUCCUCAUUCCAACGGCAGCUGGGUGAUUUUUAUGGUGUCGUAAAUUAGCCUCUCUACAUAUAAGUGGUACCUAAAUUUCCUACUUGAUAGAUGCAACUAUCUUUCAGGUUGCUUAGAUCAGCAACGAGCAGGGGCUAUAUUUUAUUUUUAAUUGUCGGGUGCUCACCCCGACACGGGCUGGCCUUGAACUCAUGACCUCUUGGUCAGAGUGAUUUAUUGCAGCUGGCUGCUAACCAGCCUGCGCCAUAGCCCAGCCACGUGUGGGUGUAUACAUGUGUGUGUGUGUGUAAUGUACAGGGUGGGCGAAAUAACUUUUGUCUGUGUAAAGCAAGUGUGAAUGUUGCAAUUAGUAAGCAUGAACAGCAUUGAAUAGCCAUGAAGCAGCAAAGUCAAUCAGUGAAGGUAUCUUCAUAGAGGUAGCCUGGCUGUUGUUGCCUGGAGGCAUUUUGUUUGGGAGAUGUUAACUAGCCCUUAAUUGUUUGUUGUCUGGAGUUCCCCAGUCUUCUGAGUAGUGUUCUUUCUUUACUGUCUUGAUUCAGGUGGGGUUUUUUUUUAAUACUGGUAACCAGAUUUUGUUGAUUUUCAUGGUUUCCUCCUUUCUGUUGAAAUUGUCCAGGUGCUUCUUGUGGAUUUCAAUGGCUUCUCUGUGUGGCCUGAUAUUAUAGUUGUCAGGAUAGUCCAGCAUUUCUGUGUUAACACCUCCCAAACAGAGGAUGCCCCCAGGCAGCAACAGCCAGGCUGCCUCUAUGCCGGUACCCUCACUGAUUGACUUUGCAGCUGCAAGGCUACUCAAUGUUAAUCAAGCCGGCUAAUUGCAACAUUCACACUUGCUUCAAACAGACACGGUUUCUUUUUUCCACCCUGGACAUUAUUCCAUAUAUACACUCCACUUGCCUCAUUUUCUAUAGACCUAUGAAGAUGCCAGCCACAGAUGUAGGUGAAACAUCAGGAGAGAACGUUACUGGAACAUGGCCACACAGCCCAAAAAACUCACAGCAACACACUCCAGUUCACAUUCGGGUUUAUGGUUCAUGUAAGCUUAAGAAUGGGAUCUUGUUUCUUAUUUCUUAUUUACUGUUCUGAUUUUGGAGUUUAUACAGUAUAUUAUUUGAGAACACGGAAAUGCUCGACCACCCCAACAACUACCAUGUCAGACUACACAGAGAAGCCACUGAAAUCUCCACAAGCAUGUGGACAAUUUCAACAGAAAAGAGGAAACCAUGAAAAUGAACAAAAUCUGGCUACCAGUAUUAAAAAAAAAAAAUUCCAAAAUCAGAACAGUAAAUAAGAAAUAAGAAAGAGCAGCACUCUGAAAACAGAAGAAUUCCAGACAGGGAAUAAAUCAGGGGCAGUUAACGACUCUGAACAAAGGAUUCCCCCAGGCCAGGAGGUGAGGCUGGGAAGGCCAUUUAAUGCUAACAAAGGUGAUUAACUACAACAUUCACACUGGCCUCCAACAGACAAGAGUUCUUCCUCUCACCCAGGAACUUCCACAGAUAUAUAAACCUUCCUUGCUUAGUUUCUCCAUACCUCACAACCUCUGAGGAUGCCUGCCAUAGAUGUGGGCGAAACGUCAGGAGAGAAUGCUCCUGGAACAUGGCCACACAGCCCGAAAGACAUACAACAACCCGGCUCUUUUUGUGUUUGCCUGUUCCAUCUCUGCCACAUUUUUUAAAAAGAAGAAGAAAUAUCACAGGCAGUAGCUGGAGGUUGCUUCUGACAUUUGCUGGAUCGUCUCCUGCUGUUCCACUCCCAGCAGGUCCUUUCUUCCUGUUUAUUUCGCGCACCGUUCUGUCAGGAGGCAGAAGGGAAAGCGCCAGCGUCGCAUUGCAAACAUCGUGAUCAAAGACACCUUUGCAAGAGAUGGAGUGGCACUGCCAAGCCCCGGGACCCUACGACUGGAUCCAAGCAGAGAAGUGUCACUCUUUGGCAGAGAGUUUCGUACUCAGGGCAGCUUGGAUGAGUGGCUGAAAGAAGGCCUUUCUCUCUCCCUGAAGGAGAAGGGAGCCAAAGGGAUUGUCGUAGCAUUGGCCUCCUUCUUCCCACCUUGAACCCCUUGUGCCGGCAGGACUGCUGACCUGAAGAUUGACAAUAAUGGUCUAGGUUGGAUGGCCAUAUGUUGGAGGUUGUAUGUUCCUGCAUGGUAGGAGGUUGGACUGAAUAGCCUUUAUGGUCUCUUAUUGCCCCCGGUGGUGCCAGCUUGUGCCAGCAAGACUGCUGACUUGAAGGUUGCUGGUUCAAAUCCAACCCAGGGAAAGUGUGGAUGAGCUCCUUCUAUCAGCUCCAGCUCCUCAUGCAGGGACAUGAGAGAAGCCUCUCUCAAGGAUGGUAAAAACAUCAAAACAUCCGGACGUCCUCUGGGCAACGUCCUUGCAGACAGCCGAUCCUCUCACACCAGAAGCUACUUGCAGUUUCUCAAGUUGCUCUUGGCACAGGAAAAAACAACACACCGAAUCCUGUCUGAUUUCAGAAGCUUUGUACGAUAAGGCCGUUAUUACCUGGAUGGAAGACAGUAGAGUCUCACUUAUCCAACAUUCUGGAUUAUCCAACGCAUUUUUGUAGUCAAUGUUUUCAAUAUAUCAUGAUAUUUUGGUGCUAAAUUAGUCAAUACAGUAAUUACUACAUAGCAUUAAUGUGUAAUGAACUACUUUUUUGUCAAAUUUGUUGUAUAACAUGAUGUUUUGGUGCUUAAUUUGUAAAAUCAUAACCUAAUUUGGUGUUUAAUAGGCUUUUUCUUAAUCUCUCCUUAUUAUCCAACAUAUUCACUUAUCCAACGUUCUGCCGGCCUGUUUAUGUUGGAUAAGUGAGACUCUACUGUAUUAAGGAUCUCCAAAAUCAGAACGGGGGAAAGAUGCUGCAUUAAAGCAUGGAGUGCUAUCAGGCAGUUGACAGUAAUGGUCUAGGUUGGAUGGCCAUCCUUUGGGGGUGCUUUGAUUGUGUAUUCCAGCAUGGCACAGGGUUGGAUUCAAUGGCCCUAAUGGUCUAUUUCAGCUCCAUCAUUCUAUGAUUCUAGAUGGAUAUGAGUCAAUCAUAUGAGUUAAUGUUGGACUGAAUGGCUCUUAUGGUCUCUUUCAACUCCAUGAUUCUAUGAUUCUAGAUAGAUAUGAGUCAAUCAUAUGAGUUAGUGUUGGACUGAAUGGCUCUUAUGGACUCUUUCAUUUGAUUCUAUGAUUCUAGAUGGAUAUGAGUUAAGCAUUAAGAAGAACAUCUUGGCUGUCAUUGCUGUUCAAUGGUGGAAUAGAGUGCCUCAUAAGUGAGUGGAUUCUCCAACUUUGGAGGUCUUUAAAUAGAGGUUGGGUGGACAUUUGUGUCUAUUCUGCUUUGGCCAGGCCUCAGCUGGAAUCUUGUGUCCGGUUCUGGCCACCACAGUUCAAGAAGGAUAUUGACAAACUGGAACAUGUUCAGAGACGGGCAACCAAGAUGACCAAAAGUCUGGAAAGCAAGCCUUACGGCCUAAGGAGUUGAUUAUGUUUGGAGAAGAUAUAGAGGUGACAUGAUAGCUAUCUGUCAGAAGAUAUGUCAUGUAGAAGAUUCUGCUACUCCAGGCUCUGGAAUAUGAACCAAUGGAUUCAAUGAUAGGAUAAGAGAUUCCACCUAAACAUUAGAAAGAACUUCUUGGGUGUAAGGCCUGUUCAGUGGUGGAAUCAACAGUCUUGGAGGGUCAUGGACGCUCAACUUCUGGAGAUCUUCAAGCAGAAGUUGAGCAUCUUUCAAGAAUACAGUAAUUUGCACUCCAGGGCACAAUGGCCCUUGUGGUCCCUUCCAACUCUUAAGAUAUUCUCAUUUUAUGACCAUCAUGUUCUUCUAGAUAAAGCUAGGAAAGUUCUACAUGAAAACUUGGAGAACCACUGCUAUGACGUUAGAGCUGACAAUAUUGAGCUAGAUGGAUCAAUAUUGAGUUAGAUCACAUGUGUCUAUCUCAAGGCCUGGUGUCCAAAGAUGACAUUUUAUGUGGUUCUCCACCAGAUGUAUUCCUCAUCACUAGACAUCAUGAUGAGAGCUGAUGGGAGUUAUGAUACAGGAACAUCUGGAAAACUGCUGUUUGUUCUGCUUAUUUAGGAGAGUCGGGCUUGGAUAGAGAUACAAGGCUUUCAGAUAUGAUGUCUGACUUCAAAAUGUCCUUUAACCACUCCCUAACCUCAAAGAGACAGGUGCGGUUGGGUUGCAAUCACCAUUAUCCCCAGUUCACAUCAUCAAAAGUGAUGGGAGUUGUCCUUCAAUAACAUCUGGAAAACCAGGUUAUAUGGCAGUUGGCCCUCAGUAUCCAUGGAUAGGCUAGAUGGAUCAAGGACCUGAUUUGGUACAAAGCUCCAUCCUGUAUUCCCUCCAACCUCCCAUUCAUGACUUUAUUCCUAUCCUCCAAAUGUUCUGAUUUGAUGGUUCCAGUUAUUAACUGGCCAUUCCAAAUCUUCAGCUGCUUUUUAAAUGUCCCAGUUUCUCUAUUAUCCUCCUCACCUUCCUUCAGAUGAUGCAGACUGAGCUCAAAUUCCCACUAGACUGAGGCAAAAGCAAACUUCUCCAAACUUUCCUCACUUAUAUCUUCUUCCUUGUUAAUACCUUUGCCAUUGCUUGGCCACAUGUGUCCCAGUUUUCAUCUGUGAAAUGUUGGAGGCCAUGUAUCUCUUGCCUUCUGGUUUCCUGGCCACACAUUGAUGUUCCUUGGCCUUUCUUCCAUCCAUGCAUCUCUUUAUUUAUAUUCUGCCUUUCUCCUAAACUAGGACUCAAAGUAGCCGAUGAAAAAUAUAUAGCCACAUGUAGAGCCCAUAUAGCUAAAACACAGAAGCAAGAAGAUUAAAACAAAGCAACAAGAGAGUUAAAAUGGCACCAUCAAUUUGUAUUUUAUUUUAUGUAUUUGUAUUUUAGAGAGGAAACAAUCGCAAAAGGAUUGCUGGAAAAGAAAGGUCUUAACCUUCUUCUGUUUGAGAGUUGGAGAGUAAAAAUAAAGACAAGAGAGGAGGGUCCGUCCUAGCUUCCCGAGGGAAAGAGUUUCCAAGUAUGGGAGCAGCUAUUUGGAAAAGGUCUUCUUCUGUGUUCCCACCAGCCAUGUCUCUGAAGGUGAUGGGAAAGAGGAAACUUCCUCCCCUGGAGAUCUCUAAGUUCAUUGGGAAGAUAUGGUCUCUCAAAUAGCCUGGGCCAGAGCCAGACUCUGUUCCAGGAUUGUGAAGUCUGGAGGUCUCUUGUGGGAAAGAAGGGUCUUCCAACCCCAACCAUUGCUUCUAAAGUUAGCAGCCAGAGCAAAGCCCGGGAACAUCUCUGGAAGGAAACCUGCAAGUUGUGGUGCCUUUGUGUUGUCAAAGGCUGUGGUGCCUUUCCUUUCUCUCAUCUAGAUAAGCCAUUGCAGAGAUGUUGCUUAGAAGCCAGGGCUGUCCAUUGAGUUCUAGAGCAGUGGUUCUCAACCUGUUUUGGCAUACAACUCCCAGAAAUCCCAACCAGUUAGGAUUUAUGGGAGUUGAAAGCCAAAACAUCUGGGGACCCACCAGUUGAGAACCAUUGUUCUAGAGCCACUUGGAAAGGAGCAAAUUCUCACUAGAACGAAUUGUUCUGUGCUCUCUCCAACUUUAGAAGAGCUACAAGUGCUAUGGUGGAGCCACCUUGAUCUCAAUCCAUUCUACACUGUAGAAUGAAUGCAUUUGAACACAAACCAAUGGAUUCAAAUUUCAGAAAAAGAGAUUCCACCCAAAUAUGUAUUAGCAAGGGAUUUUACAUAUAAGAACUUUUUGAUAACAACAUAGACUCUACGUUUGGUAGACUCUCCAUCUUUGGAGAUCUUUGAAGAUGGGAUGGGAUCUCUCAGGAAUGCUUUGGCAUGAUGUUCGGUUAGAUAAGUGGUUCUCAACCUGUGGAUCCCAAUAUGUUUUGGCCAUCAACUCCCUGAAAUCCUAACAGCUGGUAAACUGGCCGGGAUUCCUGGGAGUUAUGGUCCAAAAUACCUGGGGACCUACAGGUUGAGAACCACCAGGUUAGAUGGACCUUGUGGUUCCUUUCAACGCAGGUGGCUGUAAAAUUAAUGAAGUUCGAUACCACUCUAAUUCCCAUGGCUCAAUGCUGUGAAAUCCUGGGAGUUGUAAUUUGAUGAGACUCUAAUGGAACUACAAUUUCCAGAAUUCCAUAGCAUUGAGUCAUAGCGCUUAAACUGAGCUCAAGCUGCAUUCAUUCUACAGUGUAGAGCAGGCAUGAGCAAACUUGGGCCCUCCAGGUGUUUUGGACUUCAACUCCCACAAUUCCUAACAGCCUACCGGCUGUUAGGAAUUGUGGGAGUUGAAGUCCAAAACACCUGGAGGGCCCAAGUUUGCCCAUGGGCCCUUCAACCUCUUUGACCUCCUGUUAUGACCUGAAUAUUAUCAAAUAGCCCCACAUAUUUUGCAAAAUUUAACCUUACUAAAGCCUGGUUAUUAAGAAAAUAUGUGUAUCUCCUUUGAGCAUAAAUCAUGAUGUUGUGUAUCAGACAAGAAAUACCAGUUCACCAGCUAGUUCUGGGCAUGAGACCAUCUAACUUGCAACAAAGUGAUAAAAAGGCAGAAAUCAGACCAAUGACUAUGAAAUAAAUGACCAGACUAUAAAAAGAAAAGCAUUGUACAUUGGUACAAUAGUGUUACUCGGCUGAUGCAAUCACUCGUAAGGAGGUUGAUGCAAUCUGAAAGCAGGCAACCAAAAAACGUUGUUAGUGACACUUUCGGAUGAUCAGUCCCUUAUAUAGAUUUAAUUUCUAAUUGGAGGGGAGGGUAAUGGUUGAUAUUCAUGGGGACUACUUAAAUCUAUCUCUGUGUUGUGGAAGGCUUUCAUGGCCAGGAUCACAGGGUUGUUGUGGUUUUUCCGGGCUGUAUGGCCAUGUUCCAGAAGUAUUCUCUCCUGACGUUUCGCCCACAUCUAUGGAAGGCAACCUUCCAUAGAUGUGGGCAAAACGUCAGGAGAGAAUACUUCUGGAACAUAGCCAUACAGCCCAGAAAACAUACAACAACCCCAAAUCUAUCUCUAUUAGACAGCUAGAGAUGAAGAGAAUAUAACUUUCCGUUCCCUGGGCAUAGAAAUCAAGCAGUUGUGCAACCCAUAGAUUAUUCCAAAAACUCAUCUCUUAUGAUGAUAAUGUUUUGGUUGACUGGGAAAUACCCAUUUCAUUAAUUACUUGUAACCUGUUUGACCUAUUUCUCUGGAUGGACCAAGGGUUUGAAUGGAUGUAGCUUCCUAUCGUCCCGAUUCUACCAAAGCCAACUCCAACACAACACACACUUAGGACUUGUUGAAAACAUCCUAAUUUCUGGGGAUCUGUCCUUUGCAGAGGGGAGUGGAGAACUGGAAGCGCUGCCCUAUGACCUGCUCUCAUGACAUCCACACGUGUGGGGUUUUGGGUGAAGGUCCCCCCAUGUUUACACAAAGAGGGAGGAUGUCCGUAUCUCUGCAAUAAGACAAAACACAACCACCUUGUCAAUGGGGGAGGGAGGCAUUCUACGAUUGUAUGUUCAGGGGUUUAUAAGGGGGUUGGUUAUACUUUUGGGAUCUAAUCUGUACUUUCUGUAUGUAUCAGUAUUCCAAAAAAAAAAUGAUGUACCUUAAAUAAAGCAAAUGUGCAUUUU